AUGGCACCAGCUGCCCGGCUCUCCUGCUGCCUCCUGGCCCUGUGGGUGGCAGGCCUAGUCCAGGUCAAGGAUGCCCUCGGGGCCCAGGACCCCGGUCCCCAACCACUGGAGCUGAAGGAAGCCUUCAUGUUGUUCCAGAUGCAGUUCAACCACAGCUACGCGAGCCCAGCAGAGCAUGCUCGCCGCCUGCACAUCUUCGCCCACAACCUGGCCCGGGCUCAGCGGCUGCAGGAGGAGGACCUGGGCACAGCCGAGUUCGGGGUGACUCGGUUCAGUGACCUCACAGAGGAGGAGUUUGGCCAGCUCCACGGGCAUCGGAGGGCAGCCCGAGGGGUGCCCAGCGUGGGCAGAGAGGUGGGGUCUGAAGAGCAGGGGACGCUGUUGCCCCCCACCUGUGACUGGCGGAAGGCAGCCGGCGUCAUCUCGCCCAUCAGGGACCAGAGAAACUGCAGAUGCUGCUGGGCCAUGGCAGCGGCGGGCAACAUCGAGGCCCUGUGGGCCAUCAGACACAGACACAGCCACUCGGUGCAAGUGUCGGUGCAAGAGAUGCUCGACUGUGGCCGCUGUGGCGACGGUUGCAAGGGCGGCUUCGUCUGGGAUGCGUUCAUCACCGUCCUCAACAACAGCGGCCUGGCCAGCGAGAAGGACUACCCCUUUGAGGGGACUGUCAGAGCCCACCGGUGCCUGGCCAAGAGGUACAAGAAGGUGGCCUGGAUCCAGGACUUCCUCAUGCUACGGGACGACGAGCAGACAAUUGCCCAGUACCUGGCCACGCAGGGGCCCAUCACCGUGACCAUCAACCAGACGCUCCUGCAGCACUACAAGAAGGGUGUGAUCAGGGCCACGCCCGCCACCUGUGACCCCCGGACCGUGGACCACUCCGUCCUGCUGGUGGGCUUUGGCCGGAGCACGGCGGAGGAGGAGCAGCAGGCAGAGAGGCUGCGGUCCCCGUCCCGCCCCCGCCCCCGCCACUCCAUCCCCUACUGGAUCCUGAAGAAUUCCUGGGGGCCCGACUGGGGUGAGGAGGGCUACUUCCGGCUGCACCGAGGAAGCAACGCCUGCGGCAUCACCAAGUACCCGCUCUCGGCCCGCGUGGACCGGCCCGUGAAGAAGCACCCGGUCUCCUGCCCUCCGUGAGCCCGCCGACUGCCCCCUCCCCCGGCCCGCCCGAGGUCCCGCCUCCUUUCAAGCCUCAA